CGCCAGUCAGCGCGGCGCGACGACAGUUGGUAGCAAAAGGACGGCUGGCUUAUUUUUCAUGUAAACAGGCGAUUCGGCACUUAGGCGAUCGAAGAAACAAUUAUUUGUGAAAAUGGGAAAGAGCAAGAAGCGGCAGGCAAUGGAGAGUGAGGACGAACCUACUCCACCCAACUCUGAUGACGAUUUUGAAGAAAGGCCUGCCACAAAAAAGGCUAAGACAAAAUCCAACAAGAAAGAGAAACAACAGCCUCCCGUGAAAUUCCAAGUAGUAGAAGAAGAAGAAGAUGAUGAUGAUGAUGAUGAUGAAGAAGGCGCAAUUGAAUAUGAGGGAGUUGAAGAGCUUUGGCCUUAUGUUGAUUUGCUCAAAUUGUUCAACCGCAUGGAAACGGAGGUUCCUGAGAAGGAGAAACACAAGUUUGAAAAAACAGCUGAAAAGUUGAACUGGGCGAAGAUUGCCUUUGACAAUUACUCGGCAGAGGAGUGCAGUGCAAUGUGGCAGAAGGUUUCAACUCGGCUCCGCAGGUACCGCCUGCUGAAGGAGCUGCUGGUUGAUGCCAAGGAGUGGGCCGACAAGCCGUGGACUAAUUUUUACCGCAGCCAAAAGACCAAUCGACACCCUGACAUGCCUAAGAGACCUCUGUCUACUUACAUGAUGUUUUACAUGGAGAAAAAGGACAAGGUCGCCAAAGAAUAUCCUGGACUUGAGAUGACCAAGUUAUCAAAGAUCAUUGCAACGAUGUACAAAAGUCUGCCCGACAAGCAUAAACAAAAGUAUGUUGAUCGAGCCAAGCUGCAGAGAGACCAGUAUAUGGAGAAAAUGGCUGUUUUCCACCACAAUCACCCUGAAUUGAAACCUUCUAAGACCAAGAGACAAAAGUCGACCAAGGAGGCCCCAGGCCCUCGAAAGCCGUUCACGCCCUACCAACACUACCUGAGGGAUAAGAUGGAAAAGCACUUGAACGAGCUUGACGCGGAUAAACAAAGCUUGACUGAGCAGUACAAAGAGGCGUGGAAGGAGCUGAGUGACAAGAAGAGGGUCAUUUGGAUCAAAGCUGCCCUUGACGACGAAGAAAGAUACAAUAAAGAACUAGUGGUGUACAAGGAGGCGCACCCGGACUUCGAGAGUGGCACAUGCAAGAUUCUCAACAAGGACGAGAGAAAUUUGUAUGAAAAGUCAAUUGGAAAGCCGGAAAAACCACCCAAUUCAGGCUACAGCCUCUUCUCCAGAAUCAUGUUGAGCAGCGAGGAAAUCAAAAACAUCAACCACAAGGACAGGAUGACGCAGAUUUCAUCCAUGUGGAAAAACCUGUCAGUAAAAGACAAGCGCAAAUACCACGACAAAGUUCAGCAGAUGCUGGAGCAGUACAAGCUUCACUUUGCAACAUACCUCGAGUCUUUGACCCCCGAAAAAAGGGAGGAAGAGCUGCAGAAUGUUGGUGUGAGGAAGCGUGCGGAAGGCCCGGUCUUGAGUAAAAAGAAAAAGGUUGUUGAGAAGGUUAAGCCUGCCUCAAAACCUGUUGAAGAAUCAGAAGAGGAGGAGGAGGAAGAAGAGAAAGUCACCAAGCCCAAAACCACCAUCCUUGUGGAGGAGAAGGUCGAGCUAUUCAAGGGAGAACCUGAGGCGCCACCUUCGACGCCAUUUAAGUUGUUCCUGAAGGAAUUUGUGACAAGUGCAAAACAUGUGCCUGAGGCGAACAGGGUCAAGGAGGCGCCUGCCUACUGGAACCAAAUGAGCGAAGGGGAAAAGAGCAAGUGGCGCAAGCGGCUGCAGGAGGCCAAGUCCAAGUACAUCAGCAAAUACGAAAAUUUCCUGAAGAGCCUCACUCAGGAGCAGCUGAAGGAGUACUCAAUAAUGAAGGCCAGGAGCAACGCAAAGAAAGUAAAAAUGGAGUCUAAAAGUGACAAUGAGGAUGAAGACGACGACGAUGAUGACGAUGAUCAUAGCAGCCAGUCUUCUAAGUCUGACGAUUCUUCGUCUGGAAACGAAAGUGACACAGAGGAUGAGGACAACUCGUCCAGUGACGAUGAAUAAUAAAUUGACUCACCAAAAAGAGAAAGUGGCACUCAAAAGUCUCUUAGAUGCUUUAAUAAUGAUAAAAUGAUGCUUUUAAUUUGUGUACAAAUUGUGCUAUCCACAAAAGAGUUAUGGACACACUUGUGCAUGCAUGAUAGGAAUUUAAGGAGAAACUUGUGAAUUAAUUGUUCACAUUAGUAUUUUAUAUAUAUGAACUCGAUUUGGAAAAUUUAGAUUCAAAGUUGCGCACCAAAAUCUUUAUGAUUGUUUGCAGUAAUAAAGUUUCCUGUUCACCUUCUA